AGUCCAAGAGAGUCUAUAACCGGCUGUGUUCUACAUUAUGCUGAUUAUAUUGCCUUUAUUCCGGCUUUAUUUAUAUUGCUGUACUUUUCAUGUCGUAGUUAUAGACUGUUUAUUUACUGAUAAGGCUUUACUACCAUGGUGAGUCAAACUGUGGUUGUGAACAGGACCAAAACUUUUCAGGUGAGUAUCAUUAAACAUUUUAUUAAAUUCAAGCUUCCUUUAUAUGCACCAUAACAUGUAAGAUGUGAGUAAAAUGUUUUUUUGUUUAACAUGGUUUGAUAUUGGUUGAAUUGUUGUUCCUAUAAGUGUCAAUGUGUGUGUUUGUGUGUGUGUGUGUCUGUGUGUUCUCAGAGAGCUGUGUGUGUCCUGAACAGCCUGCAGAAUAAUGGACGUAUGAAGAAUCCAGGCCUGCAGCUCCAGGCCAUGCAGGGAUUCCUCCAUCGCACUGGCAUUACUGUGGGUGAACUGGACAAACUCAACAUCAUCCAUGUCACUGGGACUAAAGGAAAGGGAUCAACGUGUGCUUUUACUGAAAGAAUAAUCAGGAAUUGUGGCUUUCGCACAGGAUUUUACAGCUCUCCACACUUGGUUCAUGUCAGAGAGAGAAUACGCAUCAAUGGAUGGCCAAUCAGCAUGCAUCUUUUUACCAAGUACUUUUGGGAGGCUUAUGAGCGACUGGAUGACACAAAGGAUGCCCAUGGAGGCACCAUGCCCUUCUAUUUCCAGUUCCUGACGCUUCUGGCCUUUCACGUCUUCCUGCAGGAGAGGGUGGAUUUAGCAGUCAUUGAAGUGGGGAUUGGAGGGCAGUAUGACUGCACAAAUAUAAUUAGGAAGCCAUGGGUGUGUGGGAUCACAUCUCUUGGUUUUGAUCACUGUAGUCUGCUUGGAGACACAAUGGAGAAGAUUGCUUGGCAGAAGGCUGGGAUAUUUAAGCCAGGUGUACCAGCGUUCACUGUCCGACAACAGCCCAGUCCCCUGACAAUCCUGCAGCGCCGAGCUGAAGACAUCGGGUGUCCUCUGGACGUCUCUCCUGAGCUGGAUCAGUACGAAGCUGUGGUCGGGCCCAUGAGCCUGGGACUGUCGGGGAAACACCAGCGCUCAAAUGCAUCACUUGCCCUGCAGCUCAGUUACAGCUGGCUGCAGCGCCACAAAGCCGAGGAGAAAAGAGGUGGUCUCAGCUUAGUUCCUGCAGGCUGCAGACUGAGCUCUCAAGCUGCCCCGUUCCAGCCCAGCACAGCCAUGCUAAAAGGUCUACAGGAAACAGAGUGGUUGGGACGAAGCCAGACGCUGAAGUGUGGCUCUGUCACAUAUUACCUGGAUGGAGCACAUACCACAGCCAGUAUGCAGGCCUGCGUCUGCUGGUUCAGACAGGAGAUGAUGCAGAGGGACCAGACUCACCGUGCACUUAAAAUCCUGCUCUUUAACACAACAGGAGAGAGGGACUCUGCUGCUUUACUCAAAGUGCUGCUGACCUGCCAGUUUGACUACGCACUCUUCUGUCCCAACGUCGCUGAAACACCUGCUGACAACACAGCUCAUCACAGCAUCAGUGUGUGUGUGCAGCGCCUGCUGGCUCACUGCAGAGCAAACCAGAGCAGCUGGCAGAGCCUGAACGCAGCAGAAACAAUCCAUCAUCACCAGCGCCACCUGGUGACCAGCCCUGUGAGUCACAGCCUGGUGUUCCCCUGCAUCCUAAGCGCCCUCCGAUGGAUAAACCAGGAAGAACAGCCAGUGUCGAAACCCGCUGGAUCCGUGGGCUCCACUGAGUUCUCUGGCAGGCUGAGAGAGACGGGUACCAUGUCUGUGCUGGUGACUGGAAGUCUGUACCUGGUGGGAGGAGUGCUCAAACAUCUGGAGCCUACAUUGGACUCAUGACUGAUCUGAACCAUUACUGUUUCACUGCUGACUCAGGGACAUAGUCUCUUUGAUAAACACUCUACACUAAUGGUUUACAUUCAACAGUUACAUACACAGUUUGUACCACAGUCACUCUGCAACAGUAUUUCUAUCAUUUUCACAUCUGCAGACAAAAUCUGUUCUACCCAACAGUUCAUUGAUAUUCUAGUUUUAUAAAUAGUGUUUUGGUCUCAAACAAUCCCAGGACUGUUUCUAGAGAUUCUGAAGACCACCUUCAUAGUGAUAACAACUCCUACAUGAUAUUUUAGCCAGGGGAUUUUUCAAGGUACCAGUAUAACAUCAGGUAAUUAAGCCAAAAGUAUGUGGAGCAUUUACAAUAUGUGGCUUGUUUCUUUAUAAAAAAGAUUGGCCAUUGUAAGGUUGGCACUGAGACAAACCCGGUUCUGCAGUCCAAGUGUAUUUUUAUUAUUUUUUUCAGUUGCAACUUGUUUCCCCGUGCAGCAAUAUUAACAGUGCAGGCCUGAUUUUUUAAAGAAAAUAUAGACAGAAGGAAAAACUACAAAAAUAAUACUGGUGACAAAAACUACAAAAAUAAAUAAAAGUUAAUCUUGGGUGAAACACAAAACUCAGCUCUGCAUUAGGCAAUGCCCACUUUAACUAUUGGGCCCUUGCAGUUUCCACUGGCUUGACUCUGUUCCAGGUAAAAUCCUCUCACACUCCCCCCUGGACCUCCAGCCUCCACCUGUACUGGCUAGGUCUUAACAGGGCACGGGCUAACCCCGUGACACUCACUAGAAAGCUGUGUCUCUGUUUACAUGGCUGGUUUAAUAUGAAACUCUGAUGAUAUUUAAUAGACACAACAUGAUCUGUUUCAAUUAUACUACUGAAAAAGAUUUAAAAUUAAAUUGUUUUAAAAAGUUCAUCAUGGAAUAAAGUCAUCCUGUGAGUGCAUAUUCAAGUCUGUCUCCCUAUACAAAUAAAUUGUGGCAGCAAAUAUGUUUUGGAAAUGCACUGCAUGUAUUAGCAAUGGAUUCAGAGUGCAGUCGGCCAAAGCACGACUGUCACAACAGUGGCCAGAGCCCACAUCCGGAGUCCUACCUGCAGCCAGGCCCAUGCAACAAAAGCACCAUCACAGGAGACGGA